AUGGCGGCAGCUAUAGAUAUGUACAAUAGCAGCACAAGCAUAGCUUCUUCUUCAUCUGAUUUUUCAGAUCCUUGUAGUGGAGAGCUGAUGAAAGCACUUGAACCUUUUAUGAAAAGUGCUUCUCCAUCUCCAUCUCCUUCCCCUUCUUAUUCUUCUUCUUUUUACCCUAAUAACUAUUCCCCUGAAUCUGAUUCGAGCUCUACCCAAUUUAUUUCACAAGGGUACUCGAUGUACAACCCCCAAGUUUCCUUCCCUUCUUCUUCCCUAGGUCUAAACCAGAUUACCCAGUCCCAAAUGCUCCAGAUCCAGGCUCAGUUCCAGCUCCAGCAGGCGAAUCUCGCCGCAUCACUCCAUACCCAGAGGUUCAGCAGCUUUCUGGCCCCGAAGCCCGUCCCGAUGAAGCAAUCCGCCGCCGCGGUGGCGGCUUCAUCGAAGCCGGUGAAGCUCUACAGGGGAGUGAGGCAGCGCCACUGGGGGAAAUGGGUCGCCGAGAUCAGGCUACCCAAGAACCGAACCAGGCUCUGGUUGGGCACCUUCGACACCGCUGAAGAAGCUGCUCUGGCUUACGACAAGGCAGCUUACAAGCUGAGAGGCGAUUUCGCCCGGCUCAAUUUCCCAAACCUCCGCCACCAGGGAGCCCACGUCGCCGGCGAAUUCGGUGAGUACAAGCCCCUCCACUCCUCUGUUGAAGCCAAGCUCCAGGCGAUUUGCCAGGACUUGAAACAGGGGAAAACAGGGGAGCCCGGUUCCAAGCGGGGUAAGAAGGCGAAACCCGCCGUCGAUGCCCCCGUGGUUCCGUUGAUGAAAGUCGAGGAAUCGUCGGUGAGCGAGGAGGAAUCUUCUUCGAAGGCGGAGAGCCAGUGCACCGGAUCUUCGUCUUCGUCUUCUUCCCCUGAAUCGGAUAUGUCGUUCCUGGACUUCUCGGAGACGGAUUCGGGCUGGGAAAUGGCGGAGAAUUUCGGUUUGGAGAAGUUCCCUUCUGUGGAGAUCGAUUGGGCUGCGAUCUGA